AUGGCGCGGUUGCAGACGUUGAUACUUGCGCAGGUGAUUGCGGCGCUCUGCGCGUACGCAGAAAUAUCAGUGUCCACACCAAAACCUAAGAAGGUUCUGGACACAAUUAUGGAGCCAAAAUUCAUACCACCGGAAGAGAAAAUCGGGCUACAUUGGAAAAGAUCGGCGAUCAGCACAAUAAGAUCCAAACUGCAGGUGACCGUCAAUGAGAACAAGGCCAAGAAUGGUAUACUGUUCAUUGGUGAUGGUAUGUCUGUAGCCACUAUUAUGGCUGCUAGAACAUUCGGCGGGCAACUCGACCAGGGUAUAGGAGAAGAGAACAUUCUGGAAUUCGAGAAGUUCCCUAUUCUAGGAUUAGCAAGGACGUACUGCAUCGACGCGCAAGUUCCUGACUCCGCCUGCACUGCCACUUCAUACCUGACUGGUGUGAAGACCAAGUAUGGAGUUAUUGGCCUCGACGGGAACGUCACAAGAGGAUCGUGCUACUCGCAGCUGUAUGAAAAGAACUGGGCAUCCUCGAUUGGGCACUGGGCUUUGGAACACGGAUUGGAUGUUGGUCUGGUGACAACGACGCGUGUAACUCAUGCCUCUCCAGCGGGAAUGUACGCGCACAGUUCAGAACGCAACUGGGAGUCGGAUGCAGAUGUUCCAGAUGAAUGCAUCGCAUUGGGCUGCGAGGACAUUGCCACACAGCUGAUCACGAAUGAACCUGGUAACCGAUUCAAGGUUAUUUUAGGUGGUGGAAGGCGAGAAUUUCUUCCAAAUAUAACAGAUCCAUUGAUAAAAGGUAAAGGUAGAAGAAUUGAUGGAGUGGACCUGAUCGAGAAAUGGUCUGAAGAUAAAAUAAAGAAGAACGUGUCCCAUGUCUACGUCAGUGAUAAGAGUGAACUUAUGAGGGUCUAUAACUCGGACGAACUUCCAGAAUAUCUCCUUGGUUUAUUCCAUGACGACCACAUGGCAUACCACCUCCAGUCAACCACCAACCAACCAACUCUUGAAGAAAUGGUAGAGAUAGCCAUCAAAAUACUAAGCAAAAGUUCUAAGGGAUAUUUCCUUUUUGUUGAAGGUGGCAGAAUAGACCAUGCGCAUCACGACAGUCUAGCACACUUAGCUUUAGAUGAGACAGUUGAAUAUUCUAAAGCCGUAAAGAAAGCCAAAGAAAUGACCAAUGAAGCAGAGACAUUAGUAGUUGUUAGUUCAGAUCAUGCUCAUACUAUGACGGUAGCUGGUUACCCUUCAAGAGGCAACGAUAUAUUGGGUUUAGUAGAUACAGCGAAAGGAGAUGAUGGGAUACCGUACACUACUAUCAGUUAUGCUAACGGUAAAGCACCAUCAAUUGGAGCUAAUGGGAAAAGAGUUGAUGUUAGUUUACAUCAAAUGUUCACAGCCCGUGACACCGAUUACUCAUACCCCAGCCUAGUUCCUCUCGACAGCGAAACGCAUGGUGGGGAGGACGUCGCUGUCUUCGCUUCAGGACCCUGGCAGCACCUGUUCACAUCCAGCUAUGAACAAAACGUAAUUCCUCAUAUGAUAGCAUAUGCAAUGUGUAUCGCAGAUGAUAAACAUGCAAAUUGCAAUCCGACCAUUGAUGAGGGUUUUAGAACAUCAAGUGGAAGCAAUGUUCAUCCAAGUAUACUAUGCACUAGUUUAAUAUUAAUUAUAGUAUUGUUAGGAAUAAAUUAUAAGUAAAUAGUAGCUUUUGAGAUUUCGUCCACGUGAUAUUUGGCAUAACGAUAAGUUAACUUAUUAGUUUUAUUCUAAACUGGUUGGAAUGAAAGAAACACAUAGGUAAUCUAUUAGGACGAUAUAUCAGUGAAAAUGAUUUUCAA